CGCACUCCGCACACGCACACGCUUACGCAUGCACAUACACACGCACACACACACCCAGUCACUCUGUGAUGACGGUUCACCAGCCGUGCGGCCGUGUGCUCCUUGACAUCUCUCCUGUUCCGACGUGCUUCGCUUCCAGCUCCCAAAGCACCACCGCGAUAAUGUCUGGUCUUGUUGUGCGUGAUCACUCAGCCUUGUCUCGUCGCGUUCCAUCAAAAGUGCAAUAUUUAAUGUGGAAAAGUGGUUUGAGUUCCUUGGCUGUGUGUGUUUAUUUGCGUACAAUUCCUCUGCUUCUUUGCUUGCACGGCGCGUUGCAGAGAUAAGGAAGUCAGCUUUGGUACAGCGGCAACAUUUAUAUGAAUUCAUGUUUAUCUCUCGAACCAUCAUUUGAUGGCAUUGAUUGUAAGCCAAUGCGGUGCUGUGGUGCAACCAUUGAGCAUAAUAUAGACUCGCACGGAGACCCACAGACUCACACAGAGACCCAUAGACUCACACAGAGACUCACACCGAGACCCAUCAUCCUUCACUCACAGCGUGUUGCUGAAGUGGGCAACUGAUUUUGGAACACCAGCAAACGUUCCAAAUUGGCGUCUGGGUUCUUUAGCCGUUCGUCGGCGCCGGCUGUCAGCUGAUGGGCUCAGGGGUCUCAGUCGAGCGAUCCGGGGUGGGGGGGGGGCAGGCGGCGGGUGACCGUGCGUUCCACUCUCUGCUCAGUCACAGCGCGAGUAAUCGUCAUCGUUAUAUUGUCAUCGUCAUCAGCCGUGAUUUGUACGCUUUCACACGGGAAUUGAAUUUUCUUACUUCAUGCGCCACGUGCACGCCGCUGCAGGAUGGGUCCUUCGGUUGUUUUUCGGAAACAUGUCCGUGCAGCCGGUGGUUGAUUUUUGCCUGUUGCCUGUUGUGGCAUUGGCACACAAUGGCUAGCCCCCGUAGAGAGUUGGGGGAGGGGAUCAUGCGCGGCGAAUGCAAACUUGGUGCCUUACAAUGGGGGUGUCUAUUUGGUGUUUGAACCUCUUAAACACCUCCGGUAUUGUUGUCAGAAAGGGUAAAGCCGAUUCUUUUUUCUUCUUCUUCAUCAUUUUGAAAGGGUUCCAUAGAGACACUCCGGAGCGAGUGUGCGGGGUGGAUUUGCAGCGGGGCUGGGCGCAAUACCGCCACAUUAGCAUCGUCCCCAUCAGCCGUGAUCAAUCCACUGCUGGACGAAGAGUUCCUAGGGGCAUCGCCGUCUCUUCUCACUGUGCUGCGAUUACAACAAUCCACCCCCGGCAUCUGCACACCAGGCUGGCACAAAUCCGCGGAGCGUUUGAGCGCCGUUAUUGAUAAUAUCUUCCGACGAAAACGACUGCAAGCGUGUCAAUCUUAAGCAAAGUGGUGCACAAGGGGCCCGGCAUCGGGGAAUACUGGAGCCGGAAGGGAGAUCAUCGGGGCUCGGGAGCAAACUCCUUCAGCCAGGAGGAGUUCGAGAGCAUGCUCGCGAUCCACGAGCGACGGCGCGUGGCUCUCCAGCGCGCCUGCGAGGCCACCGACGGCUCCUCCUCCGCCUCCUCCACCGGCGUCGCCGCGUACGACGCAGACGACCCCAACGACCCCGACGCGGCGGAGACGCCGCCGCUGAGCCCCGAGAGCCUGCGCCACCUCCUCGUGGACGACGAGCACCGGCUGCUCUACUGCUACGUGCCCAAGGUGGCGUGCACCAACUGGAAGCGCGUGCUGCUCGUGCUGACGGGGCAGAGCGGCGGCACGCGCGACCCGCUGGGAAUCCCCGCGGCGCGGGCGCACGUGCAGGGCACGCUGCGCUCGCUCGCCGAGUUCCCGCCGCGGGAGGCGCGCCGGCGCCUCGCCUCCUACGUCAAGUUCAUGUUCUCGCGCGAGCCCUUCGAGCGCCUCGUGAGCGCCUACCGCAACAAGUUCACGCAGGCCUACAACACGGCCUUCCACCGGCGCUACGGCACGCGCAUCGUGCGCCGGUACCGCGCCAACGCCACGGCCGAGGCGCUGGAGGGCGGCGACGACGUGAGCUUCGGCGAGUUCGUACGCUACCUGCUCGACCCGCGCACCGAGCCGUUCAACGAGCACUGGGAGCUGGCCAGCUCGCUGUGCAGCCCGUGCCGCGUGCGCUACGACGUCAUCGGGCGCUACGAGACGCUCGAGAGGGACGCGGCGUUCGUGCUGCGCAGCGCCGGCGCCGACCGCCUCGUCGGGUUCCCGGCGUUCCCCAAGCAGACGAGGACGACCAACGAGAUGACGGCCAAGUUCUUCGAGAACAUCACGGCCGAGGACCAGGUGCGGCUCUACGAGCUCUACCGCCUCGACUUCCUCCUCUUCAACUACUCCGUGCCCAGCUACCUGAGGACGCAGUGAACGGGAUGCGGGCCCGGAGCCGCGAGAAGGGGGAUGAAGUCGGGGGGGGGGGGGGAUGAAGGGGGGUGCCGGCGCAACAUUAUUUAUUUGUUCCGUGCAAAGAUAACAAAAAAGCAAAGCAAACGGCGUCUCAUGACACCGACUAUUUAGCAGCUCGGUGCGAUUCAGCGCGGUAAUUGACGGCGCCAUCUGCUGGGGGGCACUCGUUUACCAAGCGGGGCGCAAUCAACGCCGCCAUCCCCGGCCCUGACCCGAGCGCGGUAAUUGCCCAUGGGCCGCGCGGCUUAGAGGACUCUUUCAAUUUUUGUUUUCUUUCCAAAAGUGUUAAGUGAAAAUUCUGACAGGGGGAGUAUUUUGCACUGUGUGAAACGUUUUGACUUGUCGGUUCCGCCCCCCUUUUUUUACCCCCUCCCUCCCGCGCGUUAAAAAGUGAUUUAGUUUUUUGUCUGCGUGAGUAAUUAGUCGAGUGUUAUUUCAUUUUUCUUACUGACGCUUUUUCACGGGUCAGGACCGAACGCGUUACACCUCUGAAUCAGGGGAGGUGGGGCGGGGGGGGAUCUUUUAGCCACCGCCACUGCCGCCGCUAUCUCAAGCGGCCUGGCGUUCGGACCCCGGUGCUAGAAGCCGCGAGGUGUUUAUCGCCGUCCGCCGUGAUUGCACAAGUUGUUGGGACAGCUGCUGGAGGCAUUCCCGGCUCUCUCUCUCUCCGUGGGCCGCGCGGCAUUCCAGCUCGCCGUGGUCUCCGUUUACGGAGCGGACAGUUUGGUUUGAACACGACGGCUGGAAGCCAAAACUGGCCUUUUGAUAUAAAUCUGCAUCCCCUUCACCUCGCCUGGACGCAGCCUUAUAAGCGAUGUCUCAAGACCGGUCUGCAGCUGCACGAGGAGCGGAGGAGGUGGAGCAAGAGAGAGAGAGAGGAGGUGAGGGGUGCAGUUGGAAUUCCUAAAUUGCUCAUGGCCUUUGCUCUUUGGCCCGUGGGCCCUCGUGCAAGACUCCAGAAGCAGCCUUUGAGAGGCCUUCUAAAGCAGCGCAGCCCACGGAAUGUUUUUUUGGCUGGCAAGUUAUUUUUUUCUCUCCUCCUCACCGUGCGAUUGCGGUUGACCUAGCAUACGGAAUAUAAACGAGGCGGCGGUACGACCGUUCACAGACCACAGCGCGCCCGGCACGCACCCGCCAUGCAUCACGCUCACUUUGCACUAGCCCAUCCGUUGUCACGGCCCUCAUGGUGACUGACGCUCCCUUUAAUUACCCCGCCACUCUGGACAGAACUGUGUGAUUCUGUAUCAGCUGAACUGCAGGCCCGUUUUAAACUGGCCACCAGAAAAACAUAUGCGUCUAAUUUUCUCACCCGCUCAUUGCAACGUGACAAUUUUACACGCUGCUAAUCCGGUCGUUGGGCAAAAGAAAUCCACCCAGAGCGUCCCGCUGCGGAGACGGAGCGAUGAGAUUCGUUAAUGCGCAGGAAUGAGAUUAGCCGGUGUUUUCAUCCAGCAGUGGAUAGACCACGGCUGAAGUAGAUGCUAAAAAUUUGAUGGUGCUAAGUGACUGCCGCAUUGCAAGUCCGCCAGAAAUAACCAAGAAGCUCGAGUGCAUCUGUCAACCACGCUGCCCUCUCUGCGAUAGAGCGGGGCCAUUGCCCGACGCUUCACCGUAUUUAUAUUUUACUUUCAGACUCUGGGUUAAUGGACAGGUAGGUUUUGUUAUUUGUGCUCGCACGCCACUGCCAGCGCAGCAUCACAAUAAAAAAUGUUCCAUCCGAAAUCGGCCACCACGGCACAUUUCAGAGUCCAAACGGAGACGUCGCACAACGGGCAGCGGUUGGCAUAACCUUUUCUAUUUUUCGCGGGCGUGCUAUCGAGCAGCUAGUGUCGGUGGAAGGUUUACACCGUGUUACCAAUAGUGUUACAUAUGUACGUUGAACUCCUUUCGCAACCGUACGUAGCCAACCGCGCUAAUCGGAGGCGCGGGAGAUAGGACGACAAACGAAACGCAACAGCACGAAGCGGCUCUCAAGAAGUGAGUUUUCAAUCGCGACGAUUUCAACGAUUUACGGAUUCCGCCACCGGUCGGUGUCGUGGUGGUGGUGGUGGGGAUCGAUCGCCGAUGCCCGCGCUGGUGGGCACCGGCGCCAGUGGCCAGGGGCAAGGUGCAGGCUCUGCAAUGCCUCUGCGAAAACGUCCCCGCUGGCAAGUCGGACAGCUAUCUGGGACGAAAGCUUCGUGGGAGGCGUUUUAACAUUCAGAGACCUUCCGGAGAUUGGGGGGUGGAGGUAGCGGAUAUUUUUUUGUUUCCGUCGUUGGUGUUCGCGAACGUAGAGUGGAACCAAACGGCAAAGAGAAUGGAUGUUUCAAUAGGAGUGAGGCCAUGACAAAAACAAGAUGAUGGGACUGUGUUAUAUUUUUAUAACAAAUUAGCCAUUUCUUUUUUUAUUUUUGUAUGAUUUAUUUUUUUACAUUGUGGGGAUGGGGUUUUUUUUUGCUGUUAAACAAUCAUAGUGUUCUCUCUCCUCUUAAAUGAUUGUUUAAACUCGGUGAUGAUGGCCUACAAUAUUUUGUUUUAUGUUCACGAUGUGCUGCGGUGAUGGUUAUGCAUUGCACAGUUCGGUCUGCAAACAGCAGCGAGUCCAGGGCUUCAUUUCAGCUGGAGGAGGAUCUGUCUGGAGCUGAGCUCCAGAAAAUAUAUCCUUUAAACUAAACAGUUUUUUU